CACCAAGCAGCACGCAUAGUCACAAAGAAGAUCGUCAAUGUCAUAAGUUUGUUGUUUUGCAGCUUCAAUUCUAAUCGCACCCCGUGGAUCAUUUGAUCAAUAUGCAGAACGAACAAAUCGAGCUGCUUUUCGGAGCAAUUUGUACCGACGAUGAGGUGCUUUUAGGGCAGUGUCUUGAAACGGCGACCAUCGAAACGAUUCUAGAGUUUGAGAAGAUCUAUGGUGAAUCACCGGUCCAUUUGUGUGUAAAGCUAGCCGGCUCGAACUCUCUCUCGUUGGUGAAGCGUCUCUAUGCGAGUGGACUAGUGGAUGGUGUUGUGCGGGACAGUGAAGGCCGCACGGUUACCCAGCAUGCGUUAGCUAAUGCUGAGCCAGCGAUGGCGAAGGAGUUGAUCAGCAUGGAAAUCGAAGGACUGGAUGAUGCAACAGCCUGCUACCGGAUGAUGAGAGGAGGAUCUACCGACGUGUUCAAACUGUAUCUCUCGAUGUGCACCAAUUGGACGGAACGGGAGACAUUCCAGAACAUUGCCAGUGCCUUGGUGAAGAUCAACGUGAAAAACAUCAUUCUACCGGAAGGCUUUCGUGUCUUCCUCGAGUGGAAGCUGUCCGAUUACGGUUAUCGCCAGUUGGCUGGUGAUUGGAAGGGAAUCAAAGAUCCUCACGAAUGGAGAAGCCACUUGGGCAUCAUUGCAGAUUGUUGGAAAGUAGUGAGCGAUCGUUACGAUACGCGCAGAUACGACGAUGUCGACGAUCAGUUGUUGCACCGAUUGGAAGUGAUCCACAAUCAUCUUUACUUGCUGAAACAUAAGCGAUUCUUGCGUCAUCUUCCUCUACAAGAAGCGAUCUUCUGCCUGGCGAUCUUUGUUUCCAUCUACAAGUCGAGCGAACAAUUUCACGCUUAUCGCAUGUUGGUGAACAAAUGCUUCGUGGUUGAUAUUCUGCGAAUGAUCUGUCGACAAUUGUUACUCGUGGAGCGGAAUGUUGCGGACGCUGAGAGUGAACUCAUCUCACUGAUUGGCAACAUAAAUGAACUGGACGAGAAAAACAAACGUGUCUUAAUAGAAGCUGUUCGAGAGCGGUUACCAUCCAUAUCGAAUCCCCAAAAUGUGGUCAACCGAAUAGCGUCAGGUCGUAAAAAGCAACAUCCGAUCAGUGAAUCGGUAGCCGAGGCAGUUUCCGACGAGGCUUUCGAUCUGCAGCAUUUACUAAAGUUCAGUGAUCGAAGGAUCAUACGGAUGUUGAAGAAACGAUACGUAAAGACGAGACAACUUUACUCAUUGUCCAAAAUGAUGUAUUAUUGUGAUCAGAUGAGUACAUUAGAGAAGUCGGAAUCCGUUACAAAAACGGCUGGCAUGAAGCGAAUAGUGCAGGUGCUUGGCGAGACGGUGAAAAAUACGAAAAACUCUCCAAAUCUCCCAGGAAAAGUGGAAACAACAGUGAGCUUGUUGCUUACCGAGCUUUUCCCAGUCAUUAGUAAAGAGUUGCGAGAAGUCCUGUCGCAUAGUUUUUCGUUGAAACAGCUUCUUAUUGGGAAAGAACAUGAACAAAAACCGUUCGAAACGGUAACCCGUAACUUCCACAUGCUGCGUACGGCUGUGCAGCUGCUGUAUCAAAGCGUUGCCAUUGCGACCAGGCAGGCAUACUACGGUUUACUGCACAGUUGCAGCUCAAUGGAGGCAAUGCGAUCGUUGGUGCUGUACGUCGGAGACCACGAUAUGUUGGAUGCUGAACAGAAAACUUGCCACGCGCAGGUAAAGCAGUAUUUCCAAGAGGUUAAAAAUCUGUUCAACGAGCUUGUUGAUCAACCGGUGGGAAGAACGGAACAAUUUCGUCUCUUGCAACGCGCCUUAAACACAAAGUUACAGCUGGUUAACAAGUUUGAAGAGUACUAUAAAGAAGAUGGGGAUGGUUUUCAAUUGGAGGAUAUCAAAAAAGCGGCUAUGGCCAGCAACGACUUAGCCUCUGUCCGGGCCCUGUUGAAAUGGAAGCUCUCUAUGCGCUGGGCAAAUGAACUGUAUGCUGCUAUAUCCUCAUCAUGGGAAACGAACCAUGUAGAAUCUUCGACGAUCGAGUGGAUGGACCAUCGAUUAUUACGCUACAACCCAUCGGUAAUGGCGGGUGUGCUAAAGUGUUUUUCUGCUUCGCUGAAAUCUAUCGAAGAAUUCGAAUACAUUCAGCACACUCGCGAGUUGACGAAAGAGAUUGGUAUUGCCGAGAGUAUCGACGAGGAAGCGCUGCAGGAACUAAACGAACGACUGAAACCGUACUACGAUAACAUCUUCUUCGUGGACAAUAAGUGGAAAGUGCUGAAGAUGUUCUGUAAAGCUCGUAAACUGAAAUGGGAUGAGCAAGGUGCAAAUCGGCUUAUUCGAAGUGAUCGAGAGCGGCUACAGCAACUGUUCGACGAUCGCCGGAAGGACCUUCAAACGAUCCUUAAGAAGAAUCGCCUCGCUACCUUGGCGGAUUUAUCGGAACGACUUUUCGAUCUACCUGCACACGUGUUGACAGCAAUUGAGUGGUGUCAGCUCGAGCUGUGUGAAAUGUUGGUGGCAGUUGGGUAUUUCGGAGACAGUUUCCAUUACGUAAAACACCGUAUUCCAAUGAUACAGGGGACCAACUAUCGAAACUUUCUAGCCCACGAUUCACUCUCUUACAAUCUACUAACGGAUAGCUCGACGGAAAAGGUGGUAAUCAAUGCUUUCGUCAUGGCCAACAGCGAGGUACAACUGUUUGAGAAACGUGAUCUUCGGAAGCAUUCGGAAAUGCAUUUCCCGACUGUAGGCAACACCCAUCUUUGGAUAGAAGAGCAACAAAGUCUUAAGGAAGCCUGUCAGAACAAAGAUGCAAAGAGAAUGUACAAGCUAAUCCAGAAUGGAAGUGAAGCUACUGGCAUGUUCUGUUGCACUGCAAACGGCGCCCGCGUUCCACCGAGUUUACAGCAACUCGUAACUUUGGUGAAUCCCAGUAAGGCGGACCCGUUGGUGGUUCAACUGUUGGAAAGAUAUUUUAAUAGGUUCACCGAAGUGUGCAACUCUCCUGCCUAUCGCGUAAUGAAAGCGUUAGAAAUGUUGGAAUUUCAAGAAGCCUUUGAUCUCACGAUAGGCCGAGAUGAUAAGGUAAUUCGAGAAGAUCUUUUCCGUUGGCCCAAACUCAUGGCUGCGCUACGGCCUACUACACUCUUUGUGCACCUCGUAGCGGCCGUAAAUAGAUUUCGGAUUUUGCAAAAACUUAUCGAACAUGGAAAUGUAGAAAGUGUUCGAGAGAUUCUGCCCUUUUUCGAUCGAUUCCACGAUAACCCGGAAAGGGGACCACUGGGUGACGCUGCUCUGUACUGUGUUAAACCAAUCGUAGAAAUGUUACUACCACUUACACCCGAACCUCAUGCCGCUCCGGUACUUCUGGCGAUCAUGUUACGGUGGGAUGACAUUUUCUUCAAAUUAAUGGACAAGAUCAAACUCGAUUCGAGUUCUUAUACAUUUCUGCUCAUAACAACGGCGCAGGCUAAAAACUAUACGGCCGCGGUGUAUCUUCUGGAACAUGAACACUAUCAGCGAUACAUACCGGAGGCAUUUGAAGCGUGUGGCAACAUGGCGGCCCGUCAAGGUCAAGAUACGAUUUUGCAACACUUGCUUGGACGAGUACCGCAAGCAAAAACGGAACAGCUCGCUAACUUUUUAUAUUUUGCCACGCUUCGACGACGCUGGAAUUGUGUUCGAUUGCUUUUGGAUCGUGGAGUACCAGUCGAUUACAUUACCGUCCGAGGAGUGUGCAGCCUGUAUUUGCUCGUUAAGGAAGGGCAACACAAGUUACUGAAGCACGUGCCACAGAUCGAUACUAAUAAAAGCCGCGGAGCAAAUGAUCAUCCGUUUGCUGUGGCCCUCCGGUAUAGCACGGCGUCGGCCAAGAUGCUGCAAUGCCUACAACGAUUCGGUUUCGAUUGGUUAGAUAAUCCCCGAGCCAUGCUGGUGGCCAUUUCACAUUCGAACCCUUCAGCCCUCGCGACGAUUUGGCAAAAACUGUACGAUUGUCAUCACGUAUUGAGCGAAGGCCAUGUGGAGCAUCGCUUCGAAAUGGUACUGAACGUGCUGCAUCGCUGGAAAGCUAUCGGAUUCGUCGAGGAAUCUGUAGCCAAGAUAACACCACUCAUUACUGCGGUUGCAGUAAAGGACGAGAAGAUAGUUCAAGCAAUAUUGGAUCACGCACGAAAGGCACGUGUGAUCGAAAGAGUUGGAGUUUUGGCUGGUAUCGCUUUCGCAAUCGAAUCAACGGUUGUUAGCUUUGGCAACGGGCAACAAACUAUCAAGUUAGCGAUACACGAAGCUUGCCAGGAUAUGAUAAAAAGAAUUGACGGCUGUACCCUGCUCGAGGACAUGAACUGGAACGAGUAUACCCUUGACAUUGGAAUUAAUGUCACAUUUAAAGUCCUUCUUCCACUGGGACUACCGCUGGAAUUAUCAGGGAUCGAUAAAGGGGAUAAUAAGAUGGGAGAUACUUCAUCAUUGAUAGACACUCUAACGGAUCUUCAGAAAGUUACGGAUCGCUUCCUCAACGAUUGUCCCGUUGUGCAUGCAACCUUCGGUCUACAGAACGGUGCCACACGUCAUUUCUGGCAGAUUGAAGACGCCGCUUGUGUCUACGAAAUUCUACCACCUGAUAGCUCCAUCGAUCUAGCGGUUACCAUGCAUUUCGGUGAUGAUUCAAAUGAAACACCGCUCCAUAAAUGUUUCCCCGAUGGUAGCCUGUCGAUGGUGAAGUUGCUCGUCGACAAUGGAGCUAAUCCUUUGCAGGCAGAUGCAUCCGGGAUGGCCCCAAUCCAUCUAGCGUUGCUCAACUCAUCGGACUUUAACGUAGGGCGCUAUCUGUUCGAUGAAUGUAUUGCCCGCGAUCUGCGCAACUCGAAAGGAGCUUCACUGUUGGAGCUUGAUGAUGGAAAUGGAGGAAAUAGGUUGCUUCAUACGGCUGUAAUGACCGGACGGCGUGAUAUUAUUGAGCGAUUGAUUCGAUUAAAUGUUGACGCAUCGGCCGUUAAUAGUAUCGGUGUGACGGCUGUACAUCUAGCCGCCGGUACGGCAGUACAUCAUUGCGUAAAGGUUGUUCGGAUGCUGCUGGAAUACGAUUCAUCGAUGCUUGAUGUACUGAACCCUAUGGGUUACACCUUGCUGCACUAUGCCGCAAAGUUGAAUUCUCUCGAAUUACUCAGUGAAUUGUUAAAGUUUGAACCAAAGCUUACCGUGAGAGCACAACUGACACCCCUCGCCACCGCUAUACUGUACAAGCAUGUCGAGUUUGCGAGACAGCUGCUCAACUAUGCCAUCGCGAAGGGUAUCAAAGGGAUCACCAAGAUCGAAGAUGAAGAAAUUGUGUUUCUUUCUCUGCUUUGCAAUAACUACGAACUAUCGAAAGCCCUACUCGAGUACGAACUUGGCCACUCACUAGAUGAAAUAGAUGCCAGCGAGCUGCCCUGUCUAGAAUCCAUUCUGAAUGGCAUACCUCCGAUAGAACCUGGUAUACCAAUCAUUCAAUUCGUGCAGCUGACCGGUAUGAGCGAGGCAGAGGACUUUCUAAUGUUUUUGCAAGGGUUGCAUUCUUCCAUUCUGGAAAGGACCAAAUCAUAAGUGGUGUUUUUGAGCAUUAUUCUUCCCGCGAAGCAAAGUAUUGUAUGCCUUUUUAAAAUAAAGAACCA